GCGACUUUGUAUGGAGGUGAGUGCUCGCCCAGGUCCGACAGGAAUGUUGUGAUCGUUCUAGAGGCUUUAUGAGCGGUGCCGGAACCCGAACGUGAUUCCCAUUUCAAAUCCUAAUAUAUUGGGCUCCCCUUCGAACCCGAAGGUUCAUCUUCGUGCAAGAGACAGAAACAGAGACUUCAGUCAGAGAGCCUCAACAGAAAAUAUGGCUCCCAGCGCAACCCUACCGAUCAGGGCAACUGACUCGGUCGACGCAGACACAUCUAGACCUAGGAAUGAAAAGCCGCUGAAAAAGAGCGGAGUCCUAGAUGCUGCGUUCGCAUACGACGAACUCACCCCGGCAAUUGGCAGGGAGUAUCCCAAGGCCAACAUCGUGGACGAUCUUCUGAAUGCGCCCAAUUCGGAUCAGCUGCUUCGCGAUCUGGCAAUUACCAUCAGCGAGCGCGGCGUGGUGUUCUUUCGCAAACAAGACAAUCUCAGCAAUGACUUGCAGAAGAAGUUCAUCCUCCGGCUGGGCGAACUCAGUGGACGUCCAACUUCGUCGACGCUGCAUAUCCACCCGAUGCUCAAUGGCAACAACGAGUUCGGCGUCCCUGACCACGAGAUCAGCACCAUCUCGUCCGUGGCAGCCAAGAAAUUCUACCCAGACCGCGCGCGCCAGCGCCCGAGCAAUCGCAAGUACGACGCGUCUGCCUGGCACAGCGACAUUCAAUUCGAACCUUGCCCUGCCGACUACACCAGUCUGAGGUUGGUCCAGCUGCCGUCCACCGGCGGGGACACGCUGUGGGCCUCGGGGUACGACAUCUUUGACCGGUUCAGUAAGCCCUACCAGAAGUUCCUGGAGGGCUUGACGGCGACGUACAUUGGCGACGGGUUCUUGACCGCCGAAAAGGCAGGCAGAGCGACUCUGUACAAGGAGGCCCGAGGGUCCCCGGCGAAUGUCGGCGGCGAAUUGUCCUCGGUGCACCCGCUCGUUCGGACCAACCCCGUCACGGGCUGGAAGACUCUCUUCGCCAUCGGUACCUUUCCCAAAUACAUCAACGAACUAAACGUCGAGGAAAGUGAAGAACUGCUUCAAAAGUUCAGGUCGACUCUGCAGGAAAACCAUGACCUGCAGGUCCGGUUCAAGUGGGGAAACGAGAACGACAUCGCAAUCUGGGACAACCGCAGUGCGUUCCAUGCCGCCACAUUCGACUACGAAGGCCUUGGAGACCGCUUCGGUAAUCGUGUUGUCGGAAUCGGGGAAAGGCCUUAUCUCGAUCCGAACAGUCUCACCAAGGCGGAGGCACUCGCUACGGAGGUCAAAAUAGAUGGAUAGGUGUGCAAGAUAAGGAUCUACUGUGACAGAGGGGGAAAAAAGGGACGGGUCAGUGACAGAACUCUGUAGACGGAUAGAACAAAAAAAACCAAGAUUUCCAGGACUGAUAUGGAGCAUUUUUCACUGUGGGUCAUCAUCUCACCUGCGAAUCUGGAUAAACUGAUACCUGCAGAAUGGGACAACUCAGCUGAUGCUUUCAGCGUAUUGAUAGAAGAGGUAAAUUCUACAAUAAUGACUUCGACUCAUAAUGUAUAUACUGCACAUAUUUAACGGCCUUGACGGCGGGCAAAGGUCUCCCAAGUCGAAAGUGUCCGGGUAAAUGUAAGUG